ACAGCUGCCAGUUGGAGCGAAAGCAUCGCAGCAGCAAACGUGCGCAAUUCGCGAUCCGGAAAUGCUGCUGCACAAAUAAACAAAGUGAGAAUUACUCGUCCUUCGAAUCCGGAAUCCGUACAAACGAUGGCCACUACGGACCGGCUUUGCAUCAUUCCCCCGAACGAGUGGAACGCGCUGCGUGAUCUGUAUCGUGAAAGUUGGCCAGAACAUCACGUAGCCCACGCAACGAUUGACAACUACAUCCGCUGGUAUGAGAAGGAUCCUACCAUUAAGAAUCUCACCAUUUACUGUUUGAAUGGAACGUGGCGCGAAGAUGGAACUUACUUAGUUGUGGAUCGCUAUCAACUGUUUGUGUACAGCAAGGAGCCGAGCAAUCGUGUACUGGAAAAGGCUCUUCAUCUGCUCGACUGGAGCAAAGGAUUGAAAGUGAGCUCGUUACUCGCCCGCCAUCGGAAACCCGUCAUCGAUGUGAUCGCAGCAAAAAAUCUCCAGAAAGAGUAUGAUAGUGAAACAUAUCUUUACUACAUGCCAAAGGCAGACUGUGAUGCACUACAGCUGUCCGUACCGGAAGGAUUUGAAUUGAAGGCGCUGAGCGCGGAAGACGCGGUCAAAGCGAACGAACUCUGGCCCAACCGGCACCAGGGUUCGUUGUUUUUCUUGCAGAGGCUAGCCGCCCGGAACGCGAACGUGGGAUUGUACGAGUGUGCCUCGGGCAAGCUGGUAGCGUGGUGCUUCCGUCUGCAGGCUGGACCACUCGGAGCGCUACAGGUCGAUGCGGAUUAUUUGCGACGCGGGUUCGGAACAGUCGUGGCAAUAGCAACGGCUAAACAAAUAGCCGCCCUCGGUCACGAUUGCUUUGCUUUAGUGAAUGCGGCUAACGUACCGUCGAAGAAGAUGUUUGAAAGGAUUGGAUUCAAACAUGAUGGUGAAGCGUACUGGUUGCGAACGAUACCGACUGUGCCGAACUUUGAAUGGGAAGAUUGAGGCCUGUACCGCGUGACACUGCUUUUCGUUAACGAUGGAUUGUUGAGAUUGUGAUUGAAACACAUAUGACACUAAAGCGUAACACAUUGGAUUUAAAAAAAAUAUAUACAUUUUUUUUAUUACGGCAAGGCCGUCCUUUUUGAAUGAAAAAAUAUAUAUUCACCCGCAAAUA